AUGUCCGGUGCCAGUACCCACCAAGGCUUGCAGUACACGCCGACAGAAGGUGAUGAAGUCGAAGAUCUACAUGCUUUGCUUUUUCGGGUCAAACAACUUUAUCCGGAGGUCGAGGCGGUAUCAAGCGGUGCCGUCCUUUCCACUUAUCAACGGACACGAGUCGAGAGCGUCUGCGACCGACUGGGCUUGCAGUCCCUGGCCUUUCUGUGGCAGUACGACCAAUCACAGCUCUUAAAAGAGAUGACAGAAUACGGUCUGGAGGCCGUUCUGGUCAAGGUUAGUUCUCAGGGACUUGCUCCCCACAAACACCUGGGUAAAUCAAUAGCUGAGCUAGAGCCGUUGUUCAAAAGAUUGAACCGUCAGCAUGGGUUUCAUGUGGCGGGAGAAGGGGGAGAAUAUGAAACGCUGGCUAUAGAUGCACCAUUUUUCAAACGGCGCUUGGUGCUAGAUGAUACGGAGGUUGUCAUUCAUUCGGACGACGUGUAUACGCCCGUUGGGCUUUUGCACAUCCACCGGUGCCAUGCCGAGUUCAAGGAGGAAUCUUCGCCAACAGAAACAUCAAAGGGUAAUGAACCAAACAGAUGCCUCGUCCUCCCAUUAGAAGUAGCGAUCGUACGCUCCCUUGCGGACGGCGGGCCUAGCACAAGCGCCGAAAGUCUCGGCAGUCAAGCGUGUGCCGUAGCCCCCGGGAAGAGAGCCAGGAAAUGGCGCAUUCGCCCUCAGCCGCACGUAUGGCGGCAAGGGAGAGUUUUGAACAUAUCGGGGUACUGCGUACCCACACCACGGGUCCAUUUCCAGGGCGCGGACAGCUCCACGCAUGGAGAGGCCGCUGGUCAAAUGCGGCUCUGUCUUGAGGGAGUGCAACGGGUCUUGCUUGAGCACGGCCUCAGCCUCCACGAUGUUGUCGUUGUCCACCUGUACCUCCGCUCCAUGGCUUCCUUCGCCGCCGUCAACGCCGAAUAUUGCCGAGCACCCUUUCAUCCGCACCACCCUCCUUCCCGCUCCUGUGUCGAACUUCCCUUGGCAAGGCCAUACGAUGACGAGGAAGCAUGUAGGGGUUGGGAGGAGGUCGAGGUCCUGCUCGACGUGAUGGCCCUGGCCGGGUCGGGCGCCGCCAUGGAUGCAGGGUCUUUCCAACCUCGACAGGUGCUGCAUGUGAAGAGCCUGUCGGGGUGGGCACCGGUGUGUAUCGGUCCUUACAGUCAAGCCAAUCUUUUGAGCCACGGCCACCUCGCUUUCCUCGCGGGGCAGAUCGGUCUGGACCCGGCCACCAUGGUGCUUGUCAAACCCCGUGACUUGGAGGCUUUCCAGGCUCUGUAUAAUUGUGCGCAGGUCUUGCAUGCGCUCCGAGCCUCCCUUCGGACGGUUUUGAUGGUGGUGGUGUACGUGCAUGUGGACCAGAACGGGUAUGAGUCGUUUUCCCCGGACCCCUCGGAAUGGGAGGAUGUCUGCCGCUUGGACGCUGGGUGGGGCCGAACCGGGACAGGACGCGCGGCCACAGGCGAUAAGGGGGUCAAUGAUGCGAGCUACCAAGGCGCCAAUCGUUCAGAUGGGGAUGACAGCGAUGAGGAACAGGAUGGAGAGGAGGACGAGGCGAACGAAGGCCAAUGUCAAAGCAGCCCGUGCCCUAUUUUUCUCCCUGUGGGAGUACCCAACCUGCCUCGGGGCGCCGCGAUUGAGUUCGAAGUGGUAGCCCUGUCGACAGCUUUCGCUCAGGUGAAGUCACCGACGCGAAGGGCGGAGCAGGGCCGGUUGGAGGAUAUUCUAGAGGAGAAGGACAUGGGCGAAUGCCCAUUGCCCUUACCUUUUCAGCCGCCCGCUACUUUCGCUGCGCUGGCGUCGAAAAACAUGCCCCUUAUGUCACGACCUCUCCUCUCCUAUACCUGGGAGGCUAUCUUUGUACCAUAUGUCUUUAACUUCGUAAGCUUGUCUCUCUAUCUUGACGACGACCUGGAUGGCAGGAAUGAAGGUGGGCAGAAUGAGACCCUCCUCCUGAAUUACACUCAUGUUGCCUACGCUUUGGUCGAUCAAUUAAGGAAGAUUCUGAGAGUUGCACACCUGACUUGGCAGCAACUUUCUCAUCUGCGUGUCUUUUACAUUGCUACAUGUUUGGACAACGAAGCGAUGCUCAGAGAGGCCUUGGCUGCCGCUUUGCCCAGUGACGGCCAGUGUGCCCGUACCUUUCUUCCAGUCUCUAGUCUGAUGUCUGAAUGCCAAGAGGGCUCGAAAAGGCAGGAUAGCUUGUUCCUCCGGGUCCAGGUUAUUGCUUUGGAUCUGGAAAAGUUGAGGACAGAGGCCUGGGUGCACAGUGUACCAGACGGAGGCAUGUAG